UCGCAAGGUGUCGGUUGCGCCGUUCACGUUUAGAGAUAGCGUAUCUCCAGAAGUUCGGAGGACACUCGUAGGAGAGUGUCCAGUUUUUUUUUAUUUUCCAACAGUACAUAAUAUCGUACGAAUAUAUUUUAUGAUAUUGUACGAAUGUUCGUACGAUAUUUUCAUUAGGAAUAUUCUAGAAUAUUCGUGCGACAUCUUGCGCUGUUAGGGCUCUAAACUCUUUAACGGCAAUCGAGCUUCUUCUUUGCCGUGGGAUUUUUCAAUCAGCAUGUGCGCGACGUCGCGAAGAAAUCCAGCUCCGGCCUUUGAAAAUCCGUACCUGGAUGGCAACGUUCUCCCUUCCACGCACCGUUUCGCUGGCGGCUCGGCAGCGAACCGAGUGUUCGCCGACCAGUCGGAGUCGGUCCGUGGUCUAAGCCCGUGUCGUUGGUAUUUCCUCGGCAUUUCGUCAAGUCUCUCCGUCUCUCUCCCUCCCCCACGAAUAUCUUCUUCUUCUUCGCGGCGCGGCCGAAGAGCGCCGUUGUCGCGGCGCGAGUGUCUUCAAGUUCCCCGAUUUCUUCUUCGUACGUGUGUACAUGUAUGUGUGUGUGUGUAUUCGAGAUGAAACGCGUUGGCUUGAGCAAACUCGUAACGCCUCGGUAAGCUAGUCGGGACCAUCGAGACUUGUCAGUGAACCCCGUGGAGCGACCGAGGGGCCCAAGGGAAGAGACCGCGGAAUGCCGCGCGAGGCGCGCGGCCAGGUGAAAUUCGGCCGCUCCGUUGCGGUGCGCGUCAUCGGGAGCGACGUAGAAUUCCUCGCGCGUUCGUACAGAUGCGUCAGGAUCGUCCUGAGAUAGCGCGGAGGCCAGCGGAAGGUGGAUGGAAUUCGCGAAGAUGGAAAUCGAAGUCCGGACGCUUAAGGAGGAACUGGCGCGGACCCAGGACGCCCUGAAGACCGCCACGAAGAAAUGUCGGGAGCUGGUGAGGGAGCUGGACCACCGUACCGCUGGUCACGAGUCAGAGAGGAUUCUGCGGGAUCAGCAGCUCUCGAGGAUACUGCGGGCGCUGCUGUUCCUGGAGGCGCGCCUCAAGCAGGAGCAAAAGUCGAUCAGACAGAUGCUCAGUGAGAAGGACAACGUCAUUAGGAACCAACAACUGGAGAUCGCGAUGCUCAGGCGAUAUACAAAGAACUAUAUCAAGAGCAAGCGCGAUCGAACGGCGUCAGACACCGAUGUCGAAAUCAAUGCCAACGUUGACAAAAAUUUGCAGAAGGACUUUGGCAAUUUGCAAAGAGAAAUGCUGCAGGAGAAUGGCAUUGGUAAAGAGAUCGCAAGUCUGAAGUGCGAGAUAAUCACGCGGCUGAACCCGGCAUCGUCCGGCAUCCUGGACGAACUGGACCGCAACAGCGUGAGGAAGACGCACAGUUUCGCCGGCAGCGAUAUCUCGAAGGUCAGUCUGACCAGCAGCGAGAACACGGACGCGUCCAUCGUCACGACGACAACGGAGGGUAGUCCUUCGUUGCUUAGCACGGAGGGCUUUUGCGAGGGCGAGAGCACGGACGUGUCGCCCGGCUCGACUCUCAACAAAUGCUCGAGCAGAUGCACGCCCACAACGGUGACUGACAGCGAAAACGAGACGACGAUGAUCGUGGAUGAGAACGAGGAGGACGUAACGGAGGAGAAUGGGACGACGAUGGUGCCGACGAAGAGGCGGACGAAGGGCCAGAAGACGUCGUCCAAGGGCGCCGACGUGAUCGAGGUGGUCGGUAUCGCGAGGACAGAGAGCAAGGACGACGGGAUGGACUGUAACUUCGUCUCGGAGGACGAGGAGCAAACCAACACGAGGAUAAGUAAUCAAGAGGGAGACACAGAGGAACCAAUUUACAUUAAUGCCUGCAACGAGGUGAACGAGAGGAAUCUGCAGCGAACGGAGCAAUCGAGAACGAGAGAAGAUUAUAGCAAUAAUAACAAUAUCGAGGUGAAGAUCGAGACGUCGGAGUUGACGGUGGAGGACACCAGUGGAAAUUGGUACAGUGAUCCGGAUGAGGAUCGGCUGAACGACGACGUUUUUAGGCACAGCACCUACCGGCCAAAUAGCAAUCAUAAUUCCGUGCUGGAGUGCGUAAAUCAGAUCCUGUUGCAGGAUAUGGAGGAGGAGGAGAACUCGAUGCUGUCGGUACCGCGCCGGUUCAAACAUCGCGGUAGAAUCGUGCAUUUUCAGCCGGCCAGGUUGUCCGACAUCGAGUCGGUGGGUUCAGAGAUGGAGAGGAAAAAUUCCGAGGAGUCCGUCACAGAUAACAAGGAUCCGUCGAGGGAGGAGGAGACCGUGGAGAACGAGGCGAACGCGUCUGAGGACGAGUUUGGCAUGAGGAUCGUCCAAAAGGAGCCGGAUGACGACGACGACGAAGACGAUGGUUCUAAGGACUCUAAGGCGAUCCCGCUAGUCAUCAUUGAGCCCAAAAUCGACGUCGAAGAGACGCGGAAGAUCCUGACGAAAUCCCAAGCGAGUAAUCCUCCUUUAAAGAUGGAGAGAAUCGAGGAGAAGACCUGCCUGCAGAUGUCGGCGAGGGGAUUAACUAUCGCCAAAAAUCUGGAUUACGAAGACAUAGAAUCAUUACCGGAAAUAACAACGACGUCACCGACGCCGCCCAGAACACCGCCGGCGUUGCCACCGAAGCCGCAGUUUCGCAACAACACACUGAUCCUGAAGAAGAUUCCUAGUCCAUCGUUCCUGAUUGAUGAAAAAAGGCAGCAGGACGCGGGAGGCGCGGAUCCUGCGAAAAGAAGCAUUCUGGGAUUGGUAUCUUCGUCGUCAAAGACAGCGAGGAGCCUGAAUCUGGAGGAAACGAAGAGUUCAGCCAGAAGCUCGGCGAGAGAAACGAAAACACGCGAAGAGGGUGGUGGAUUCUGGAAGAACAGAUUCAACCACGUGCGCUCAUCCUUUCAGAUAAGGCCAAAGGAGCCGGAUCAGGCAAAGGGUGCGGUUAGAGUGACGAAUAUCGUCCGGCAUUUUGAAGAGUUCAAGAUCGGCGACCCCGAGGAACAGACGAAGGACAGAAAUCGCCCGAAAGAUCGCCAUGCCGAGCUCGAGCAUGAGCUCGAUAUUCGGCAGAACUUCGAGGAAUUCAAUCUAGACGAGUGCGAUCUGUCAGACGAUCCUGACCGGCCUGAGGGUGACGGAUCCGAGAGACUGAGUCAUGCAGGACUCAACAACGCCGGUCAGAACGAGAACAGUAUUGCCAAAGACAACAACAAUGUUCCUGCUGUCAGCAACGGUACCGUUAACAGCAACGGCGAAAUCGGAAGCAGCGGAUACGAUCACUUCCUGGAGGCGACCGGCCUCAGCAACAAGUCGAUCCUCACACCGUCGAGAUUGCUGAGCAAUCAUAAGAGCAUGCUGAAGCCGAAGGAUGUGAAGUAUAAGAGCAGGAUCAAGGCCACAGCAGUGCUGGAGAGGCACGGAGUACAGACGACUUCAACUGGCAAUACGACGACUACGCACGUCAGGCACUGGACUGGACCGUUCGUCUGACGAUUGGCCAGUUUUCUGCCGACCAAAAAUACCUUUCGCUCCGCCGUGUCGGCCGACAACUCGCCGAUAAGGGCAAACUACAAAAGAUUUUGAACUUUAUUUACGGACGAUUAAUUAAAUUAACAUCUUCGGUCGCUGCAUUCGUAAGCAGCGAGUAACUUUACUCUUAAAGUGCAAAUUGAACUUUAUACAGUAUUGAUCGAGGAACAGGGGAUUCUAAAUGAAGAUAUGAAUAGAAAGAAGUAACCUUGUUUCCUUAAUAUGUUAUGAAGUUAAUGUGUGAGUAAUUAACAUACAUAUAUAUAUAUACACAUAUAAAUUACAUUAUUUUUCAUAUGUCUAUAAAAGAUAUAUGAGUCACUAGAUUUUGAAGUUGCACUUCCAGUGAUUAAUUUAUUUAAUCCUUCCUCAGUAAGAUGUUUAUAAAAUGUUGAUUUAACU